AACAUCCCCGAGCAAGACCAACAAUUGCUGAAUAAACACAAACCCCCUUGAGAAUCAUGCCAACAGGUGCUGCCUCUUCACCUGGGGAUUGCAAAGCCUCACCGCCAUGGACAGUGUGCCCCUCAUCUGUGACUACGGCUCUGGCUUCAGCAAGGUGGGAUUUGCAGGAAUGGAAAGCCCAAUGGGCGUGUUCCCCACUGUCCUCGGGAAACUUCAGCACGAUAACGUAUUGGUGGGGAUGGAAGAGGAAGACUGGUUCAUUGGGGAGGAGGUUCAGAAAAAACGAGGGAAACUCAACGUGCAAUAUCCCAUUUCUCGGGCAAUGACAACCAACUGGGACAACAUGGAGAAGAUUUGGCAUCACUCCUUCUACCAGGUGCUCCACGUCGCCCCAGAGCAGCACCCCAUGUUGGUGACGGAGCCGCCUUUGAACCCAACACCCAGCAAAGAGAAAGUCACACAGGUGCUGUUUGAGACUUUCAACAUACCUGCCCUGUAUUUAGCUAACCAAGGAGUCCUUUCUCUGUAUGCCUCUGGCCAGACCUCCGGCAUGACUGUUGAAUCUGGAGAGGGAAUGACACACUUCCUGCCCAUCGCUGAUGGUUGUCCUUUGCAUCAGUCAACCUUCCAGGUGGACAUAGCUGGCCAGGACCUAACCUUGUACCUCCUGCAACUGUUGAAAGACAAUGGGCAAUUAUUGGUGGGCACAGGGGAUCGAGAGUACAUCCGGGACAUGAAGGAGAAAUGCUGCUAUGUGGCUUUGGACUUUGACAAGGAAAAGAUGAAAACCGAUUCACCAUCCUGCCAACGGAAAUAUCAGCUGCCUGACGGCCAAGAGAUCACCGUCGGGCAGGAGAGCUUCUUCUGCCCCGAGGUGCUCUUCCAGACAAAACUCAUAGGGAAAAACACCCCUGGCAUCCACACGAUGGCCAUCCAGAGCAUCACUUCCUGCAACCCCGACCUCCAGAAGGUUCUCUUCGGCCACCUGCUACUGUCUGGAGGGACGGGCUCCUGCCCCGGCUUGCGAUUCCGGAUGCAGAGAGAAAUAUCUGAGCUGGUGUCCCCUACAGUUUAUGUGAAGGUGGCCACCUGUCCAUAUUCUGUCUAUGGAGCUUGGGUAGGUGGCUCCAUCUUGUGUUCACUCUCCACAUUCAAGGAUAUGUGGGUCACCAGCAAGGAGUACAAGGAGAUGGGCUCUUCCAUCAUCAGCAGAAAAAGCUUCUGAUGUGUGGCUUUCAGUACAAUGUCGCCUGUGCCUUUGACACCAACUGCAGGAUGAGCCUUGUUGUGGCUGAAUUGAUCAGAGCUGAGAACCAGCUCAAGGCAAAGGCACUUCCUCCCCCAGACUUCAAUAAAGAAGGUCAAUAAAG